ACCGAAGAAGAAGAAGAAGAAGAAGAAGAAGAACAAGCUGUAACUUUCAAAGACUUGGCCUUUAUUGUUUGACCUGUCAUGAUCUAUUGCCUGUUUGUUUUUUUCUCAUGAAAUUAUUAUGAUUAUUAUAAUAACAUAAAUGGAGAAUUAAAUAGAAACGACAUUAUCCAACGUCCAGUGAGGAAUGACGUGUCACAUUUUCCCGCACAUUGAGCACUUUUGCAUUGUGAUUGGUUAAGCGCUAUGCCAAAAAAUGAAUUCGAGAGUUGAUUGGCUGACUUCCUCCAUGCAAAGUCCCGGAUCAAGCUCCCCUUCAUAAAUGCAUGGCAAUCUGAUGCGGAACUAGUUGUUUAAACUAGACAAGUGCUCGCCGAGGAUCUGUGCAGCUGCAAAAAGCCAGGACAUCAUAUAAAAUGGCUGGUGGGAAGGCAGGAAAAGACUCCGGGAAGACGAAGACAAAGGCCAUUUCGCGCUCACAGAGGGCGGGUUUGCAGUUCCCCGUGGGUCGUAUUCACAGACAUCUGAAAUCCAGAACAACGAGCCAUGGUCGAGUUGGCGCGACUGCAGCUGUCUACAGCGCGGCUAUUCUUGAAUACCUAACUGCUGAGGUUCUGGAGCUGGCAGGAAAUGCAUCAAAGGAUCUGAAGGUCAAGCGUAUCACUCCACGUCACUUGCAACUGGCCAUUAGAGGCGAUGAGGAGUUGGAUUCUCUCAUCAAAGCAACCAUUGCUGGUGGUGGUGUCAUCCCUCAUAUCCACAAGUCACUGAUUGGAAAGAAGGGACAGCAGAAGACUGUAUAACCCUGCAAACAGUGGCAUGGGGUCAUCUCAGGACAUUCUGCUUCAAUGUUUUGCUUGGUAGAACUUUAGGACUUUUUAAAUGUAUUAACUUGCAUCUACUCAUCUGAGGAAAAGUGGCUUCAGAGAAGCUGGUUUUGAUUUUUGGCUUUGUUGAUGUGUGCUGUUUUUAUUGUGUACAUUUUGGCAUACCAGUGGCAUUUCCAUGUUUGAAGUUGUAUUUGAAUAAAGCGCCACGGUAUUGUGCAUCUGUUCCUU